GCGCGGGAAGCUGGCGGCUCCCACCCGCAGGCAUGGAGCAGCCCCUGGCCAGCGGCAGCGACAGCGACAGCGACAGCGGCAGCCGCAGCGCCCCGGAGACCCUGAGCGAGGUGGUGCGGGUGCACCUGCGGAAGCUGUGUCUGCACGAGUUUCCCUGCGGCAUUGGCAGCUGGAACAGAUCGCGUUUUCUUCCUCAAACAUGGCGAACCUGGAGGGAGCUGACCCCCAGGGAGGAGGAGCCGGUGAGCCCAGGGGAGGAGACUGUGGAGGCCCUGCUGGGACUGGUGCGUAGUCCCCACUCACCGUGGGCUCUGGUGGAGGACUCCAGUGCUGAGGACCAUUUUCUGAGAGAACUGGCCAUUCAGAAUCCACUGAUGCUCAAAGACACCUUCUUGUACUCCUAUUUCCGGUCGCUGAGGAUGGUGGACAAGCAGGUGAGCCUGGUGGAUAAGGACCUCCUAAAAUUUGUAAACCUUGAGGAGCUGAUCCUGAGUGCCAAUAAAAUCAAGGAAGUCAAUGCUGCCAAUCUGCCCCCAACACUCAAGGUGCUGGAGCUGUAUGGCAACGAGAUCCGCAGCAUGGAGUGUCUGUGUGCUCACCCACCCCCUGGGCUCCAGCAUCUGGGGCUGGGCCACAACAAACUGCUGGGCCCCUUGGAGAGUCUCUAUGUCACCAACAACUACUGGCCCAACCUUGUCUCCCUGGAUCUGGGCUUCAAUGACCUGACAGACCUGCAGGGCAUGAUGGUCAGCCUCAGCACACUCAGGCACCUGCGGCUGCUGGUGCUGCAGGGGAACCCGCUGGCCCUGGUGCCCUACUACCGAGGCUUCACCAUCGACAGCCUGACCCGGCUGUGCGUGCUGGAUGACAUCACUGUGUCUCCCAACGAGAAGCAUCAGUUCCGGGGAUUCAGCCUCAGUGGCGACUUCCUGGCACAAGAAGCACAGUUUGUGGUGUCCAUUGGAAAUGUCAAGGGCGUUGUGGACACCUCUAUCUGGGACCCGGAGCCAGGCCCCGAAGGCCCUUUCAUCACCUACAACUAUUACGUGACCUACGACUUUGUGGAAGAGGAGCAAGGCGAAGGGAGCCAGUAUGGUGGCGUGCUGGCUGAGAUUGUCAGGCCCUCCAGCGCAGAACUUGUAGGUGAUGAGCUGCAAGGGGGGUCAGAGGUGCAGCUGUUGGAGGAGCUUCAAGAGGCCAAUGAGUCCCAGGAGUCGGGGGCGACGGAGAUGGGAGAGUCAGAGUUGUCCUUCAUCUCAGGCCACUCAGCCCUGCCAGUGCCCCUCUCCUCCAUCAACUCUGCAGAGGAGCUGGCAAAGCUGCGGCCACGGAUGGAUCCCCGGCUCUUCCCAUCCCCUGGGACCGUCCUCUUCAGCACCAACCACAAGCCCUGGGCUGAUGUCAUUUCCUACAACUAUGAGAUGCAGCACACCUUCAAGGACCUGGUGCCACUCAAGGCCUUCCUACUGUCGGGGACCACUGUGACUAUUGUGGAGGAGAAGAUCGUUUCCUGGGCUGUGGUGCCACUUCCUGUUGAAAUUCCCUUGCCUGCCAAGAAAGGAAAAGGGGAGAAAGACAAGAAGGAAACUGAUGGGAAAAAUAAGAAAGGGAAAGCGGAGAAGGAACCCCGCAAGGAACAGAAGACAUCCAGGAAAAAGAAAGAAAUUCCCAAGGAGCUCCGCCAGGAACCAUCUGUGCUGCGGGUGCUGGGUAGCAACUUGGUGGCCCUGGAGCCAUUGCUGGCAGGGGAGUCCCAGGUGUCCACUGUGUGCAAUUAUGGGGUCAUCCGCACCCUGGAGUCUGACAAGAUGACAUUAACUAGGGAUUUAAAGAAGACCAAGAAAGGGGCCAAAAAGGAAAAGUCAAAACCGCAGAUGCCGAGCUUCGACAGCGACUACCAGCCAGAGCCGCUGACGGUGGAGGUCCAGAUCCAGCUGAAUCAGUACCGCACCGCGGAGGAGGCGCUCCGCUUCUAGGAGCCCGAGUAAAGGCUGUUCUGCGCACUCGCGCCUCCGAGUCCGUCUCGCCGCACGUCUGAGUCUCCGGGAGCGCCCCGGGCGGGAGGGCGGCCGCAGGGUGAGGGAGAGCAAGGCGGGGCCGGAGCCCCCGUGCUGCAGAGGCCACCUGGGCCGGCGCGCGGCAGCCCGGCCCCCGGAAGCCCCGCCUCCGCCCGCGGCCCGAGCCCCGCGAGCUCGGCUCCUGGAAGCGCUCCAUUUUCUGGCUCCGCGGUGCGAGCUUCUCUCCUGUGUCCCGACCCGGAGUCACGCUUAGCGUGUUGGGUCAGAGUGAGGAACCCAGGCAGCUGUCACCCCAGGAACGCGCGCAGCCCCUCAGGACUCUGCAUCCCUCUCGCGGGGUGUGAGCACCCUCUGAAGCCCACGCCCGGCUUUGGGGUCAGCAGAGCGAGGGAGGAAGACGUCAGCUAGCAGGAGUUAAAUUAGGAUGCGCAGGUGUGUGGGACCAAGGCAGGCCCCCUGGCGAGACCUUAGUUCAGGCCGUCGGCGGCGCUCAAUCCGGUUUCUCCUGUUGGGAAUUGCGCGCAGUUUCGACGGCGGAGGGCGGAUUUACGCUAGUUGGCGAGCCGGGGAGAGCUUUCUGAUAUCACGAACAGAACCAAAGCUCUGCGCCCUUCUCUGCUAGUGGAACCUACCCGCGUCUGGGGUCCUCCCCUACUGCCGCAGAUCCCGCAUAACUGAGAUCCAGGAGCUGCCACAAUGCCACAGCCACGCCUUGAAUUCUAAUUCAUUCUCUAGAGGGUCUCCCUGUCUUAUUACAUGUUUUUCUAAUAGUCCAUCAAAGCAGCAUCA